CGAACUCUUACCAAACUCGAACAAAAUCUUAACGAACCAAAGAGUCAUGUUUAAUUAAGUUUCCUACUGAUUUUCAUUGCACCCUCUGGUACUUGGUCAUAAAUCAUAAUAGUAUAGAGUAGAGAAUUAUAUUCUUUGUUAGAUGAUCUGUAUGUUUUGCGACAACUAUCCCUGAAUCCGUGACUAUAUUAAUUCAAUUUUGUGUCAACAUUACUGGAAACUCAGACUUCUGUUCUUGAAGGAAUGCAUUACUGGAAACUCAGACCGACGUUUUAUGGACCCAGUCUUCCUCAUUGGAUGAACAAUGGUGUUUCAUCUUUCAACCAAUUCAUUCACGAGUUGUCAGUCGACUCUGAUAUGGGCUCAAGUGUAGAUAAUUCAUCUGGAGAAGACUAUUCUGAUGAUGGUGCCACUCCUUUAACUCCACGAUCUGAAAGUUCUCAAGCGUCAAGUGAACUCAGCUUUAGCAAGCAUGAUAUGUGCCAAGCGAAGUUGGCGCUCUGCUUUAGAUACAUCCUGGCAUGGAUACUAUUUCCUGCUAAGUUUUUGGCAGGAAUACUUACGUACUUCUAUAUUGCGAACACUACCUUAGGAAAUCUGCAGCAUUUGUAUUCAGAGAGUAAGACGAAAAUGCUGAAAGACCAUAGUGUUCAGCAUGCCAUUGAUAGGAGACGCGGAGUUAUUGAGGAUGUUCAUUUGUUAACUGAAAUUUUUAUAGAAGUUGUAUUUGACUUCAUACACAAGGCAGCAUGUUAUUUUCUGUCACCAUUGGAGACUUCAGAGAUGUUAAUUAGCUGGUUCUCUUCCAGUAGUAUUAAGCAUAUUCCUGAUGAUGCUUCGGAAGUUUUGGUCCAGACUGCUACUCUUGCUGAUACAGAUCCAGCCCUUAAAGAAAGGACUGUGGUUCCUCUCUAUUCCCUGAAUACAGAUGGUCGAACAUGUCGAGAGGUCAUCACGGAGCUUGGGUAUCCAUAUGAAGCUAUUUCUGUAGUCACUUCUGAUGGAUAUGUCCUCCUUCUGGAAAGAAUUCCUAGGCGUGAUUCUCAGAAGGUUGUCUAUCCACAACAUGGAUUAUUUGAUUCUUCUAUAGGCUGGAUUUCCAAUGGUGUCGUUGGCUCUCCAGCAUUUGCAGCUUUUGAUCAAGGAUAUGAUGUUUUCCUUGGUAAUUUGCGUGGCUUGGUUUCAAGAGAACAUAUUAACAAGUAUAUCUCUUCACGAAAAUACUGGCGCUAUUCUAUGAAUGAAUAUGGGGUGGAGGAUAUACCUGCAAUGAUAGAAAAGAUUCAUGAAGUAAAAACAACUGAGCUGAAAUAUUGUGAACUCAAAGCAGAGGAAGAACAAACUAGUGGUGAUCAACCGUAUAAGAUGUGCGCGAUUUGCCACAGUUUAGGGGGGGCUGCUGGAUUGAUGUAUGCUGUAGUACGCAGGAUAGAGGAAAAGCCUCAUCGGCUCUCAAGACUGAUCUUAUUAUCACCUGCUGGCUUCCAUGAUGAUUCUAUUCUUACUUUCAAAAUUUUGGGGAAUAUAUUUCGUUGGUCGGCUCCUGUUCUUGAGCCCCUGGUUCCUGGUUUAUAUAUACCCUCCUGGUUCCUGCGAAUGCUGCUAAACAAAUUUGCGCGUGACCUGCAUAACUACCCUGCAGUUGGAGGACUUGUUCAAACCCUAAUGAGUUUUGUUGCAGGGGGAGAUAGCUCAAAUUGGGUAGGGAUCCUCAGCUUGCCACACUAUAAUAUGUAUGACAUGCCAGGAGUUUCAUUUAACGUGGCUCUUCAUCUAGCACAGACUCUGCAUUCGAAAAAGUUUCAAAUGUUUGAUUAUGGUAGUGCUGCUGCCAAUAUGGAGGUAUACGGUUCUUCAGAACCUUUAGACUUGGCAGAAUAUUAUGAGUUGAUUGACAUUCCUGUUGAUCUUGUUGCUGGUCGGAAGGACCAGGUGAUCCGGUCAUCAAUGAUCAAAAAACACUAUACGAGGAUGAAAAAUGCUGGCGUGAAUGUAUCAUUCCAGGAGUUUGAGUAUGGUCAUUUGGACUUCACAAAAGCUCACAGCGACGAAAUUUUGGCUUAUGUAAUUUCUCGCUUACUACUGGUGGCGCCCAGACCAGGGCAGAAAGCUUUAAGGUCAAAGAAAAGAAAGAGGUAA